UCUGUCUCUUGCAGUCCAUAUAAUAUGGAAGAGUCAAGCCACCCACUUCUCUCCCCAAGAGAAGACCAAAACCAAUCGCUGUUACUUCCUACAUCAACGCCCAACACUUCUUCUGCCGCUACCUUUGACGCUCCUACAUCACCGCCCCAACACUUCUUUCGUGCCCGCUUACUUUGACCCGGGCGCUUGAUGACAUUUCGCCCAAUUAACGUGCCCCGUUAUUCUUUAAGAAUUCUACAGGAGUCCAAGAACCUGUUGCCUGCAGGCCCUGCCAUCUUCACCUCCGUAUGCCGCCCUGCCAUCUUCACCUCCGUAUGCGGCGCCGUCACUCUACUGUUCGCCGGACAUGUUAGCACCAUUGCCCUUGCUGCCAUAGCCAUCGAAAACAAUGUCGUUGCCGGUUUCUGCUACGGCGCCCUGCUAGGAAUGGGAAGUGCGCUUGAAACGCUAUGUGGGCAAGCUUUUGGAGCAGGUCAGAUGGAAAUGAUAGGAGUCUACUUGCAGAGAUCAUGGGUCAUUCUUGGCACCACAUCAAUACUACUAAGCUUGUUAUAUAUAUUCUCAGCGUCAUUGUUAAAGCUUAUCGGGCAACAAGCAGAAAUAGCUGAUGUUGCAGGAAUGCUCGCUAUCUGGUUGAUACCGCAAUUGUUCGCUUAUGCUAUGAAUUUUCCUAUGGCAAAGUUCUUGCAGGCGCAGAGCAAGAUUAUGGUAAUGGCUUUGAUAGCCGCUGGGGCAUUGGUAUUCCAUACAAUUCUGUGCUGGUUGUUGAUGUUGAAAUUGGGGUGGGGAUUGGUAGGCGCAGCGGUGGUUUUGAAUUUGUCGUGGUGGUUGAGUGAUGUGUCUCAGUUUUUGUAUAUAAUUAGUGGAACUUGUGGUGAAGCUUGGAAUGGGUUUUCAUGGAAUGGGUUUUCAUGGAAGGCCUUCCAAAAUCUUUGGAGUUUUGUUAGGCUCUCUAUUGCUUCUGCUGUCAUGCUCUGCUUAGAGAUUUGGUAUUUGAUGUUAUUAGUACUCUUUGCCGGAUACUUGAAGAAUGCAGAGGUUGCAGUUGAUGUUAUGUCCAUAUGCUCGAACAUAUGGGGCUGGACAUUCAUGGUUGGUCUUGGAAUCAAUGCAGCCAUAAGUGUCAGAGUAUCAAAUGAACUAGGCGCAGGUCACCCAAGAACAGCAAAAUUUGCAGUAAUGGUGGCUGUAGUGACAUCACUAGUCAUUUCUAUUCUUCUUUCUCUCAUUCUCCUUAUCGAAAAAAAUAAUUACCCAUCUCUAUUCUCGAAUAAUUCAGAAGUCAAACAACAAGUUAGUCAACUAACGCCAUUGUUAGCUGCUACCAUAGUUCUUAACAACAUUCAGCCUGUUCUUUCUGGAGUGGCCGUUGGAGCUGGAUGGCAAGCUAUUGUAGCUUAUGUAAAUGUAAUAGCUUAUUAUGCCUUUGGGAUGCCAUUGGGUCUUGUAUUUGGUUUCAAGCUUGACAUGGGAGUCAAGGGAAUUUGGAUUGGAAUGAUGAUUGGGGUUAUCAUACAGACUUGUGUCCUCUUCGGUUUAACUUAUACAACGGAUUGGAACAAAGAGGCUUCUGUUGCGAAAAAUAGGAUAAAGAAAUGGGGAGGACAUGGAGAUUCUUCCACUAUUGAGAAACAAAAUGGCAGUACAUUGCCAAGUACUCAUUAGAAUGCUAAUAAUCCAUUAGUUAAAAAAUUCUUGCUUGUACUUGUACUAUUUGUAGUGAACCGUAAUGGAACAUAUAGAAUGUAAUACGACCAAAGACAUUUAUAACGUAAAUACUACAGUAUAAAUGUCUUUUAUUACACUCUUCUACUACGGACUCACCAAAUAUAAUGUUAGUUUGGGUAAUUUUUUGAACAUUCCUUGGGUAAACAAGGAAAUAUUUUCUUUUAUUUUAAAUGAUGUAUUUAAGUUAUCUUUUGCAUUA